GCGCUUCCGGCCCCGGUCCCGGUCCCGGCGCCAGCAGUCUCCUGAAGUACCCGGACGCCGCUGGGAGAAUCUUCGGUCGGCUGCAGGCCAGGCCGGGGCCGCCGCGGGUAUCUGAGAAGCCCGAGACCGGCACAGUAUAUCGUGGAGGCGGGUCGAAGGCUGGCGGAAGACUCCGCCCGCUGCUGGAGCUGGAAGGAAAGCAGGAAGAGCCUGGGCUAGGUGUGCCCUUCGCUCCUGCCUCCCCAGCCCGGCCUCGGCCAGUGGCGCUGGAAAAGGGGUGGGGUGGGGGUGGACUGGGGGGGGGGGGGGGCAACGGGGGGAGAUGCAGGUUAAAUGGGUUUCUCUGCAGAUCCAGUGCCGUUAAAUCCGGCGAACUCACACUUAAAAAAAAAAAAAAUGAAGAAAUUAAGGCUUAAGGAACUAGAAAGUCGCCUGCAACAAGUGGAUGGAUUCGAAAAGCCCAAGUUACUUCUAGAACAGUAUCCAACCAGGCCGCACAUUGCAGCAUGUAUGCUCUAUACAAUCCAUAAUACAUAUGAUGACAUUGAAAAUAAAGUGGUUGCAGAUCUAGGAUGUGGUUGUGGAGUUCUUAGCAUCGGAACUGCAAUGUUAGGAGCAGGGUUGUGUGUUGGAUUUGACAUAGAUGAAGAUGCAUUGGAAGUAUUUAAUAGGAAUGUGGAAGAGUUUGAGUUAACAAAUGUUGACAUGGUUCAAUGUGACGUGUGCUCAUUAUCUAACAGUAUGUCCAAGUCAUUUGAUACGGUAAUUAUGAAUCCUCCCUUUGGGACCAAAAAUAAUAAAGGGACAGAUAUGGCAUUUCUGAAGACUGCUUUGGAAAUGGCAAGAACAGCAGUAUACUCUUUACACAAAUCCUCCACUAGAGAUCAUAUUCAAAAGAAAGCUGCAGAAUGGAAAAUCAAGAUAGAUAUUAUUGCAGAGCUGCGAUAUGACCUGCCAGCAUCAUACAAAUUUCAUAAAAAGAAAUCAGUUGAUAUUGAAGUGGAUCUAAUUCGGUUUUCUUUUUAAAAGCCUCUAAAGACAAAAGCAGCUUAAAACCUAAGUAAGAUGAAUAAAAAAUUUUUUUC